AUGGGGAAGUGGAGUGACCGAUUCCUCAAAGUGUGGGAGCAGAGCUAUGAUGUCCAAGAGGCCGGGGGAGUCAAAGAACGCCAGGGGCGGGGCGACCGCGGCUGCGGCUCCUCCCUCGGGCAGCGGGAGUCCAGAUGCGAGGGACGCCCUCCAGAGCCGAGCUGGGCCGGCCGGGCAGCUAGGGUGCUGGGAGGUUGCGGUGCAGGGUGGGUGGGUGCAGUGAGGCUGGAGCCGCCCUGGGGGGCUGGGCUGGCGGGGGGAGGCUGGAGCCGCGCCGGGGAGAGGGAGGCGGCGGUUGGGUGCUGGAGGGCGCUGGUGCCGUGCCAGUGGGCGGUGGCGCCUUACGCCACCCGCCCCACCCCCGUCACCGUGCCCGCCCCACUGCGUGGGAUUUUACAACCUAGGUCCCCGGGAGGUGGUGGUGGAGGGAGGGGCGGCGGGGACGUUUCCGGGGCGGGGGAGGGGCGCACUGCUCCAGAACUGGACCGAGGGCGGGGCUCCCCUCUGCUUCUCGCCUCUGUUCCUGCGCUGAGACGCAGGCGUUUCCUGGCGCGAAGCGACUCUCCCCGGAGCUCCCCUGCACCGUCCUGGAUGUCGGGACGCGUCAACCCAGAUGACCCGACCCGGAGAUCCUCGAUCCUCUGCCCUCUUCCCCCUACCAAGUCCUUAACCGGAGAGGGAGGAGCUACCAAUGUCCUCCAGACGUUCUCCAAAGCCCGAGCUGCCGGGAGAAGCUUGCUCAAGGCGGGUGCGCCCCUCAGACGUUUGUUUGCACGCAGGGGUUUUGACGUUUCGCUAAGCAACAGCGCUUGCCAGGGAAUCAGGGCUGUUUCGAAGAGCUUGCGUCUAUUGGAUGCUCCCAUCUUGAACAAAUCGUUUCCAUUCGAUUUGUUUAACCAAGGCGAGGGCGGACUAUGUUGUUACUUAAAAGUUACCCUUCAUCCAAGCUGUCCUCAGAUUUUCAUCUAAGGGUGUCAUAACACCCCAGGUCGUUGCGCAAAUGUUUUGUGACAAUUUAGAAAACCAGAGGGGGGAAAUAGCCUUAGAGAAAAAAUCAUAACCAACAAGAUAAUUAUGUUAAAUGAUGUUGGUCCUUUUUCAUCGGAUGGUCCCAGUUGACGCAUAGUCUCUUACAAAACCAGUGACUAUUCACAGUCUUCAAUUUAUGGCACAUCUCCCGGUGGGGGCGAAGUGCAUGAAUGGGUCCCACCUUAUUCACCAGCUGAAACUCUGAACAAGCCUUGGGGUUUCCUCUCCCAAAGACUGCCAGGCUUCACUGAGAAUCAAAAGAAAACAGGAUACUAAAUGCCUGCGUGUUCAUGAAUCAAGUAUGUACAGUGAGAGAGAUCUGACAGCACUCCCUGCCUUCCCCCGAAGGAGGAGAAAUGUCAUGAAGCUAAGAGAGACUCAACAUGGAAAAUCCAAACCCUCCGAGGACAUUUACAUAGCACGCAGAGAGGGCUGAAUGGUCCGUCUGGGUGCCUCCUUCAUCCUCUGAAACCAGGCAGAUCAACCCUCGGAAUUCUGAGCCAUGUUCCCAAAUGGUUCUGUGAUUUAAAGGCAAGUAGGCGCAGCCAGAAAUAGGAAAUACUGUGUCCCAUGCACUCGUGGGAGAAACUCUUCCCUCUUACUUCAUAUCUCAACUCUGCCAGAGUCAUCAUGCUAUGAGUGUAUCUUUUUUGGUUUCUUAGACAAAGUCUCACUCUGUCACCUGGGCCAGAGUGCAAUGGUGCAAUCAUAGCUCACUGCAGCCUCGAACUCCUGGGCUCGAGUAAUCCUCACACCUCAGCCUCCUGAGUAGCUGGGAAUACAGAUGCAUGUCACUUAGCCCGGCUAAUUUUUUUUUUUAUUUUUUGUAGAGACAGGGUCUCGCUUUGUUGCCCAGGCUGAUGUCAAACUCCUGGGCUCAAGCGAUCCUCCCACCUCAACCUCUCAAAGUGCUGGGAUUACAGACAUCAGAUACCACGUCUGGUCCUAAAGGACUAUUUAAAAACUACAGUAAAAUUUUUUUAUCCAGGUCAAUGGAUAAAUAUAGAAGCCUACAAACGGCAGGUGGGGAGGGCAGGGGGAAAGCAUAUUCAGCAACUCUGAAGCAUUCUCUGAUUUGGAUCAUCUUUAGUAACAACUGUAAUGACCUUUCUUGACACUCAAGGUGGGAAAUUCAAAAUUCAGAGGGAAAAAUAUAAAAGCAAUCCUAUAAAUCAUUUAGUGUGAAUUUGGUUUAAAUUUAUUCCACGUCAGAGAAGUUUCAUUAUUAAUAUAGUCAAAAGAGCAUGUCCUAGCUUCAGAUCUUUUCUGUUUAUAAAGAAUAUUCCUCAUAUUCCUAUUUGUAAGAAAAAUGUAAUCUCAAAUUGUAUGCCUAAUCUUUCCAGAUUCAACCAUCAGUAACUUUUUUGGAAUGCCCAAUAAAGAU